CCACUCACUGCUCGCUCGCUGUCUUUGUUUUCUCUCCCCCGACCCCUUCGCCGGCUUGCACACCUCUGCAGCGUGUCUGUUGCUAGUUUGCGAGCGUCGUCGUGAGAGCGAGUGCCCCGCCGCUGCUGCACGUCCUCGCCGCCCUCCACACCGGAGACCAACACUCGCUGCCGCGCGUGCCCACCAGCCGACCGGCUCGCCGCCAUGGCAGCCUCAGGCAGCGCAGCCGAGGCUUCUGCCGCCAUGCCCUACAGCGCUGUUGCUCCUGCAGCGUCGUCGACCAUGCCUGCUGCCGCCGCUGCCGAGCCGGCGGUCGAGGAGUGGAUCGCCGUGCGCGUCAGGCACGGUAGUGCUGUGCACUCGCUGCGCCUGGCGCACGAGGAUCUCGUCGAGGAUCUCAAGGCCGCCAUCUUCUCGCUCACCGACAUUCCGCCGGAGCGGCAGAAGAUUCUCGGCCUCAGCCGCGGCCGGCUGCCGCCGGACAGCAGCCGCAUCUCGCAGCUGGCGCCGCCGCCGUCGAGCUGGAAGGGGCGCAGCGAACUGGGCGAGCGCAUUCUCGCGCUGCAGGUCAUUGGCACGCCGCUUGUCGACACGUUCAAGGAUCCGGCGGCGCUGCUAGGUCUCGAGGACGCGCGCGAGACGGCGGCUCUGUCCGAGGACGUCGACUACCAGGCCCCUCAGGAGGAGGCCAAGGCGCAGAAGACGCUUCUCCCACAUGAGAACCCAAAGAACCACGCCAAGCUGGAGAAGACCAUCCAGCGCUUCGGCGACUUUCCCGUAAUGCACCCGCCUCGCAGCGGCCUGAAAGGUGGUCUGCUGGUGCUUGACCUCGACUACACGAUCGCAGACACCAAAGUCUUGCUCGACAACUCCCGGCUCGCCAGCGAGUCCAUUCGGCCCGGCUUGCAUGAUUUCCUGGCGGCUGUCUACCCGUACUACGAUAUCUGCGUCUGGAGCCAGACGUCCUGGCGCUGGCUCGAGGCUAAGCUGACUGAGCUCAACAUGCUCGCCGACCCGCGAUACCGCAUCUCCUUCGUCAUCGACCGCACGCCAAUGUUCAGCGUGAAGAGCCUGAUGUGGGAGAAGCCCGACAUUACAAAGCCGGCUGUGCAGACGGAGUACAAGCACGAGGUCAAGGCGCUGGAGCUCAUCUGGCGGCGCUUUCCGGAACACUACAGCGCAGCCAACACGCUGCACGUGGACGAUCUCUCGCGCAACUUCGCCAUGAACCCGGCCAACGGGCUCAAGAUCACGCCGUAUCGCAAAGCACCCCGCUUCGACUCUGAGCUCGCCGCGCUGAAGCGCUACUGCCUGCAGCUGGCACACCCAAACGUGACGAACUUCAACGAGGCGUGUCCGAACAACGCGGACUGGAAGUACGUGCAGCUGCCUCUCGUCACCGACCUGCCGCAAUCGACGACGGUGGCGGCGACGCCCGACACGCCGCGCCCGGCGGCGGGAGAGCUGCCGCAGGAGACGGACGAGACGAUGGCGGCGGCGGCGCCGGCUGACGCCGCAGCUGCUGCAUCCACCGCCGCUGAGAGCACCGAGGGUGCAGCUCCUGAUGCGGCGGAGCUGCAGCGCCUCUCAAGCACUCCUACUCCGCCUCCGUCCUCGUCCCAGUCGCUGUCGCAGGCCACCGCGCAGCAGCCAGGCACGCAGGCCGACACGCCGGAUGUGGCCGGUCCGCCGCAGGCCGACUGAUUCCUCCCCCAUCCCUCUCCGCCCCUCUCACGACCCCCCUUCACGCACUCAUGACGCAUUCGCCGCCCUCACAUCAUCUCAUCAUCACGGACACCUCAUCCCCAGCACGUCUCAUGUCCACCACCCACCCACAGCAUCAGUCCACACAUGCGCCGCGCGUCUCGAGUGCACAGGGUGUAUUCAUUCGUG